UAUCAGUAUCAGGAAGUUGAGUGUUUGGAGAUUUGUUGUGUCGCCAAAAUUUGCUGCAGUAGUUUUUAUUAAAGUUUUACUGAUUGAAAGCUCGGAUACACACAGUAAACCUGCCGUUCAAACACAAAAAAGGCGUGAAAACGCGUGAACGCUGCGUGUGGAGUCUAAGGUGUAGGUGAGGAGGUCAUGAAUCGAGUCCCCCUGCAGCAGCCACAGAGCUGUGGGCCCUGGGAGCUGAAGGAGCGGCUCGGCACCGGGGGCUUUGGAAAUGUCACAAGAUGGCAAAACAAGGACACAGAGGAGCAGAUUGCUAUAAAGCAAUGUCGGCAAGAGCUGAGUGACAGAAACAAGGAGAGAUGGUGUCUGGAGAUCCAGAUCAUGAAAAGGUUGGAUCAUGUCAAUGUGGUUGCUGCCCGAGAAGUUCCUCAAGGAAUGCAGAAACUGGUGGCCACCAAUGAUCUGCCGUUGCUGGCCAUGGAGUACUGUCAGGGUGGAGAUCUGAGAAAGUAUCUGAACAUUUUGGAAAACUGCUGUGGAAUGAGGGAGGGGUCCAUUUUGAUUCUGUUACGGGAUAUUUCUUCAGCUUUAACCUACCUCCAUAAGAAGAGGAUCAUUCACAGGGAUCUGAAACCAGAAAACAUUGUGCUGCAGCAGGGAGAGAAGAGAUUGAUCCACAAGAUUAUAGAUCUCGGCUAUGCUAAAGAGUUGGACCAGAGCAGUCUUUGCACAUCAUUUGUGGGAACCCUGCAGUACUUAGCUCCAGAGCUCAUAGAAAGGCAGAGGUACACGGUCACUGUGGACUACUGGAGCUUUGGGACUUUGGUGUUUGAGUGUAUCGCAGGAUUUCGGCCUUUCCUGCCAACGUGGCAACCUGUUCCCUGGCACAACAAACUCAGGCAGAAGCUGGACAAUAUUAUUAUUGUCUACGAGGACCUCACUGGGGACGUCCGCUUUUCCGAACACAUCCCUCAGCCCAACAACCUGAACAGUCUGUUAUUAGAGAAGAUGGAGAGGUGGCUGAAGCUGAUGUUAAAGUGGUCUCCUCAGGAGAGAGGCAAAGACCCCAGUGCUACCCCCAGCGACUGCUUCUCCCAGCUGGAGCUCUUAUUGCAAAUCAAGCUGGUUCAUGUCUUGAACAUGUCGUCUGCAAAGAUUCUCACUUAUUCAGUAUCCGAUGAUGAGACUGUGGCCAACCUGCAGCUAAGAAUAGAAAAGGACAGCAACAUCCCUGCAGCCAAUCAGGAGCUGCUGCUCGAGGCGGGGUUGGCCUUGGAGCCUCAUGCGUUGGCCACACAGUGCGCCGUAGAUUACGCAGAGAUAGAUGGAAGAAGAACAGACUUUCCUUUGGUUUUCCUCUUUGAUCGUUCCUCUUGUGUUUAUGAACCUCAGUUUGCUCCCCGAACUCUCCCUGAAAAUAUCCGCUUUGUCCAAACCGACCCUAACUACGUUCUGGCUUACAGCCCUCUGAGGAGGACUUGUGGCCAAGCGUGGCACACCAUCCGCUCUCUCAAGGAAGACUGGCAAAGACUGCAGCAGGGGCAGAAAGCUGCCAUCAUGAGCCUGCUGAGACACAACUCUUCACUGUCCAAACAGAAGAAUGAGAUGGUGUCCAUGUACCAGAGACUCAUUGCCAAACUGGAUUUUUUUACCACCAGCCUUCACAUAGACAUGGAUAAAUACCAGGAGCAGACAGCCACAGGGAUCGCAUCAGACAAACUGCUGGGUGUGUGGAGAGAGAUGGAGCAAACUGCUGUCAGCUGUGGUCAGGUUAAGGUGAGUGAGUUGGAGGAGGAAAUGAUGCAGCUGCAGCCAGACAUAGUGGAUGUGCAGCGGCAGCCAUGGAGGAGUGGAGAAGCCUUGGAUACACUUGAAGGAAAAGCCAUGGAGCUGUUCCGAAAACUCAGAGAGAAGCCCAGAGACCAGAGGUGUUCAGGAGACAGUCAGGAGGUGGUGCGUCUAGUGGUUCAGGCUGUGCAGUUCUAUGAGAAGAAGCUCAGAGAUUUCUACACACACCUCAGUAAGACUGCACUGUGCCGCCAGCGUGUGAUGGAGUUACUGCCAAAGGUGGAGGGCGUGGUCCAGAAAAUGGCGGAAAGCGAACAAGUGCUGAUGAGUCUGCAGGAGAGACGACAGAGGGAGCUGUGGAACCUGCUCAAAGUCGCCUGUAGUAAAGUUCGCAGUCCAGUGAGUGGGAGUCCUGAUGGAUUACGUACCCCGUCGUCAGUACUGACUCCCAGACACAGCUUACAACAACUUGAUGAGUCUCUUGUGGAGGAGAGCAGGACAUUUGAGAGCCGCCUUCAGAGUUUGCUGCACGACACCAUCCAGGAAUCUGAGAGCAGUAUGGAGAUGCUGAGGGAGUGGACGUGGCUGCGUGGAGGCCAGGAUUUCUCCAGUGACCUCUCAUAAACUGAGUUUCCAUCUUUGCAGAUAUGUAGUACUCUGCUGCCUCUGUGUGGAUGGGCUGUCAAAUUACACGUGGGAUGUAUGACGACAGUCUGAAGUGAACGUGUAGCAGUUUAAAAAAAAACAAAAAACAAUCAGUAAGAUCGCUAACACCUUAUUGGCUUUGUGAAAAAGAAUAAUUAAAUCUAUGUUCAGGAUUAAUGUCAGAGAGAUUAAUUGGAGUGUCAUCUUUCAUCUUAAACAGAACAUUCUGGCUGUAAUUCCAGUAAAGAUUAAAAUCUUAAUCUCAUAUUACAUAUUUGUACAUUCCUAUAGGCUUAUGGUUUAUGAAGCACCUUGCACAGUUCUGACUCAAUAUCUGCAUACAGCAUGAUUAUUGUAAAUAAUCUUUUGCUGGAUUUGUAAGACGAUCUCUUUCUUAGUUUAAGAACUAAUUUUGUUUCAUCGUGAUUGUUGGUCUUUGGAAACCACAGAUGUUAUUCUUAACAAAUGUGUGCCUUGAGCUGCGUGUUCAUAUCUGGAACACUACUUUUUAUUGCAGGUUUUAUUUGGUUUAAGGGUGUGAUUUAGAAUUGAAAAGAGGUCUGUUUUAACCGUUUGCUCAGUAACUGUAUGAAUGUGUUUUUAAACCCACUUAUGAAUGCAUGGGGAAAUGAGGAAUAUCUUCAAUAAGAGGAACAUGUAUCAAAUGCAGCACAGUCCAGUAUGCCACGAAUAACUGCAAGUGUUUUGUUUAUACUGUUGAAUUGUUUUGACAUGCUGGGUAUGGCAAUAUUUUAUACAUUUUUUUAAUCAUUACCUUGAAACAAUGAAAAAGAAGUUAAAUGUGUGAAUUUAUCAAAACUGUGAAUUACCACAAAACUAACAUAUUACUCUGGUCUGGUGUUUUGGCCUCAUCGCAAUUGUUUCCACAUUUUUCUUCUCGUUUUCAAAUUAAGUCCAACAAUUAAAGGUAGUACUGUAAAGAUCACACAAGGUGAUGCUUAUUAUCAAGUAUCUCAGAAUUAUUUUGUGUACAGACUUUAUGCUGUUAAGAUUGUAAAAAUGUCAAACAAAAUUAAAUCUUGACUCUGGUAAGCAGGUUUAAUGUGACCUGGUGUUUUCUUUGCUUCAUUUCCAAAUAAUUUGUUUGGACACGAGGACGCUGAUGGCCUUGACUGUUUUAUUGCGAUUAAGAAAAAUAAUAUACAGAAUUAGUGCUUGUAGUACUCUGCCAUCCCAUGAUUCAUUAGGCUGUAGAACUUUUAGCAGCAAUAAUUUGUAACCUAGUAAUGCAGGUAUUCCAUCUUACUUCCUUUAGUAAUCUUUUUCUAUACAAUUGUCUCACUCACAUUCUUGAGGAACUGAGGUUUGCAAAACAUUUGUUUUUGCAUAGAUCUCUACUUUGACUCUUUUAAAUCAUUGUCUCCUUGAAUGACUAUUUCAGCCAAGCUUUGGCUCUCAGAGGUUCUCACGUGUGAUUCUGGAAUACUUUGUUAGACACAGGUUUAUUCAACUUGACUGCAAGGUUCCCAGAUCCUGUGGCUGCACCUCAAGCUCAAUUCAUCACCCUCCAACCACUGUGCUCGACAGUUAUGAGGCGUUUGUGUUGAUAUGUUGCGUUUCGUUUUCCCCAAAUGUAGUGUUGUGGGCAAACAUCUCCACUUUGGUCUUACUGGUCCAAAGGAUAUUGUUCUAGGAGUCUUGUGGUCUGUUCUGAAGUCACUUUGCAAACUUAUGUGCCACCAAGAGCAGAGGAUCUGUCCUGGCAGGGGUGGUCAAACUUGCUGAUGAUCAGUUAAUCAUGUGCAGUUAAUUACCAGCACUUUCACAUGACUAACAUCAGUAGGGUGGGGGGGAAAAAAAAAAAAAGAAGCCAAAACCCACUAAAAAUCUGUUUUAAAGUCUUUAUUUCAUUCAAUAAAGCCAGUUUGAGGUCCUAACUGAUGGCUAACUUCCUAUACAAAGCACAGCACAGGUAAAGUGAAAUGUAGUGCUCAAGGUUUAACAGUUACAGGACAUAAAACAUGACAAAACAAAGAGGUCAUAGAGAGAUCCUAAUUUUUUGACCAAACAAAACCUGAAAACAAAACUUUUAGGUAACCAAGGGCUCACAGUGUUUAACUGUUUUAUUUAGGUGGAAACAAAAGCAGUCCACUCAGACACAUGACCCGUUUUUUCCUGCUUAUUUCUCUCUAGCCUCAAUUGCAUCAGUUGUAAAUAUGACAAUGAAAAGUCUAAAAUAAAAAAAUUAAAUUAAAUUAAAAAAAAAAAAAAAAACCUUA